AUGGACCCAAAUAAGCAAGGUGCUCUUAAUAGGAUUGAGAAUUCUGUCUAUAGAACAGCCUUCAAAUUACGAUCUGUUCAAACUCUUUGCCAAUUGGACUUGAUGAGCAGCUCCCUGAUUCAGCAAGUUCUAUGGCAUGGACAUUUGGGGGAGAUCACAGUGACCUCCAUUUCUGUGCAGCAGCUUUUUCAGGAGCUCCGGGAGCUGUUUCAGAGAACUGGGAUGGGAAGUCCAGUCCAAGUGCAUCCAAGAGCACCGGAACUCACUCUGAGUCUUCUGAUGGCCAUGUUUGACAGAACAGGAUCAGGAAUUCUUAAGCUUCAACCUGUGGCUGCCGCGCUGGUUGCCCUCUCAGGGGACAGCCCUCUCACAAAGUACAGAGCUCUUUUUCAGCUCUAUGCAGAAAACAACAGGAGAGGUGAUGAAUCCCAAGCCCGCAUGACCCGAAGAGUUUUGAGAGCCUUACUAACAGAUCUCCAGCAGAUCCCAACUGUGGUGGGAGAGAGCUGUUCUUUGUGUCCCGUGGAAAGUGCUAUCCACAGCUGCUUCCGAGGGGUGUUGAGCUCCGGAAUCAGGGAGGAAAAAUUCCUGUCUUGGGCACAGUCUGAGCCUCUGGUCUUCCUGUGGCUGCCAACCUGCUACCGACUGUCAGCCUCGGAAACAGUCACUCACCCUGUGCGGUGCAGUGUUUGCAGAAGCUUCCCGAUCAUAGGACUGAGAUACCGCUGUCUAAAGUGCCUCGACUUUGACAUCUGCGAGCUGUGUUUCUUAUCUGGUCUCCACAAAAAAUCUCACCAGAAGUCACGCACCGUGAUGGAGGACUGUGUCCAGAUGUCAGCAACAGAGAAUACAAAACUCCUCUUCAGGAGCCUCAGGAACAACCUGCCCCUGAGACACCAGAGGGCAGGAGCUGUGGGGAGGCAGUGGCUGCUGGACCAGCUGGCUUCAAGGGACUCAGCUAGUAGCCACGGGCAGGCCAGGCUUUGCAUUCAAUAUAAAGGCCCUAAAACCCCAGUGUAUGCAAGCUCAGCCGGAGCAGUAGAAACAGCAUCCACAGAACGCACCAGAUUCCUGUGCCAAAGGUCAUCACCUGCUCUGCAAGCAAAUGGCAGCCCGCAUCGCCAGACCAUAGUCAACAUUAAAAAUGAGCUGUGGAGGACUCGUGACUCUGUCAACGCUCUGCACAGAGAAAGAAGGUUCCUUAGAAAACAGUUGCAAAGAUACAAGCACACAUUGCAAGGCACACACACCUUACAGGAAAACCAGAACUGCAGAUUUGAAACAAAGAUUCGGGAGCUCACAAUCAACCAAGAUAACCUGUGGACCAAGCUACAACAGAUGAGACGAGACUUACAGGCAAUGUUGCAACCACCUAGUCCUUCUUCUCCUCAAACCACAGUAUCGAAGAUUGUCCAUUCUUUACCAGACGAUGGCUUAUGGAGAGGAGGUGACUCUUCCCACAUCAAGAGCGUCACUAGGGAUAGUCCGGAAUGGGAACCUCUUCCUAAUUCUGCCAAGGUGAACAGAAAGCACAAAUGUCAAGCAAGUUCAGGAAAAGCUCCACCAGACUCUGAAUCCCCAGAGAUCAUUUUUCAGAGCACUAGUAAACAAAGUCACCCACAAAAGAUGCCAAGGGAAGUCCAUAGUUCCCCAUCUGCUCUCCAAGAGGAACUGCAGGACAAUCUCCAGAUUCCUCCUACUAAAGUAAGCAGCCCUACUCAAACACCAGGCAAAGAGAUGGAUUGCUUCAGUGAAAAGAGUAACGACCUGGAAGAUGAGGAACUACAAGCAUUGUUGCCCAGACUCCUGGAUGCCUUUGGCCUAGACUCACCAACAGGUCCGCAGCCUUUGGUGGACGUGGAGCUAUAUGGUAGAGCUGAGCAAGUGUGCAGGGCCUUCUCUGCCCUUGUGGAUCAAGUCACCUUGCCCAGCUUGGAGUGA